AUGGCAGAUCUCAUUGCUGCCCAGCUCUCAGCUCGCGUAAACAGCGCCCUCGAACAAACCGCCAAAGACCUCCGUCUCGAUGCAGCCGUCGCAGCAGCCUCCGGCUCGAAACAGCGGAUUACGAGUUUGAAUGACCCCCGUAUGAGGGAUGUGAGGAAACGGUUGGAUUCGAAAAUGGAGCUGGAGAGGUUGGAAGCAUUGAAGCAGUUGAAUGGACUUAUGUCGAGGGGGCAGGAUGUUUCGGAGUACUUUGCUGAUGUUGUGAAGAAUGUUGCUUCUCCUUCACUGGCGAUCCGGAAGCUCGUUUAUGCCUACCUCCUACGCUACGCCGAAGCCGAACCCGACCUCGCCCUUCUAUCUAUUAACACCAUCCAGAAAGCAUUGGGUGACAAGAACCAAUUGGUGCGGGGUCUAGCACUACGAGUCAUGGCUGGAAUCAGAGUCCCAGUCAUCAGCGGUAUCGUCCUUCUUGGUAUCAAGAAGUGCGCGACGGAUCCAUCGCCGUAUGUACGAAAGUCGGCGGCGAUAUGUAUUCCGAAAUGCUAUAGCUUGGAGCCAUCGCAUCUACCGCAGUUGAUCGAAUAUAUCACGACACUUCUUGCAGAUCGGUCGAGCGUUGUUAUCGGCUCGGCGGUGUCUGCGUUCUUGCAGUUAUGUCCUGAACGGCUGGAUUUGAUUCACCCGCAUUACCGGAGGUACUGCCAGAUGCUUGUAGACAUGGAUGAGUGGAGCCAGGUUUCUUUGCUUCGGUCGUUACUAAUGUAUGCGAGGAAGUGCUUUCUGCCACCUGUGGAUGGCAGUGAGGAACCGACGCCGGUACAGAAUCAAAAGCCGAAGACGACGAAGGACUUUUAUGACGAGCACGAACAGGAGGAGGAGAAGAAAGAGGUACAGCCGGAGAGCUCAAGGCGACGAUCAACAGAUCCAGAUCUGAAGCUUCUCUUGCAAUUGGUUGCGCCCUUGUUGCUCAGCCGGAACAGUGCAGUGGUGAUGGCUGCCACCAGCAUUUACUUUUACCUUGCGCUUCCAAGUGAGAUGAGCCGCGUGGUCGUACCUCUACUCAGCCUUCUCCGCCGCAGUCCAGAUGUCCAAGCUGUUGCGUUAUCCAACAUCUCGGUGAUCUCCCAGCAAUAUGCCUCCUUAUUCUCACGGCAUCACAGGCAUUUCAUUGUCUGGCCGUCAGACCCUGAGUCGGUCUGGAAGCUCAAGCUCGAAAUACUGGCGUUAGUGGCAACGAAGGACAACAUCAAGGAUAUCCUUCCUGAGCUUCAGCGAUAUUGCACAAGUCAGGAUAGUGCCCUAUCUGCCGCGGCUGUCAAAGCCAUCAGCAUGUGUGCGCAGGCCGUACCUUCGAUGGCAGAACCAUGUUUGAGGACUCUCAUGAAGCAUCUCAGAUCGGACAAUGAAAGGCUAGCGGCCGAGUCUGUUUCCGCAAUCAGGCAUCUCGUGCAAUUGAGUCACGAGCCGAAUGCCGAUGUUAUCACGACAUUAGCCAAAUCACUCGCAUAUGUCACGGAUGCCAAGGCGCGAGAGAAUAUCUUGUGGCUCGUUGGGGAGUAUUCGGCGGUUUCGGGGGUGCUGAGGGUCGCACCAGACGUUCUACGACUCUGUGCCAAGACUUUCCCGGAAGAGGACGUGUCGGUCAAGUUGCAGGUUCUGACAUUGGCUGCGAAACUUUAUUCUCUUUACCUAGCUCACGAUCAGGGCCAUCGCGACUCCGAAACCAAGGAAAUUACGAACGAGGAACAGCAAACGAACGAGCAGAUCGAGGAGGAGCCGCCCAGUGAGGCCGCAUCUCCCGGUGGUGACAAUGCCGGCAUUACUUUGCUGUACAACUAUGUCACACAACUUGCUCGAUAUGAUCUUUCAUACGAUCUUCGAGACCGAAGCAGAUACUAUCGAGCACUGCUAAGCUCCCCGCUUGCUAGUGCCGCAUCGCAAGUCUUAUUGGCCUCGAAGCCUGUACCAGAACAACGCUAUGACACAGCCUCCCGCGGUCGCUUCGUGUUGGGAUCGGUUUCGUUAGCAUUGAACAUGGAAACUAAAGAUUACGUGGGGCUUCCCGCAUGGCCAGAGUCUGAAGACCAAAUCCCGCCAAGUACUUCACGAGACGUCCAUCUCCCUGUUUAUGAAGCUCCUCAUUCGCAGAUUGCAACUCCGCAAUCGAGAAUGUACUCACCAGCGCCAUCCACGCAAUCGUCGCUCAAGGCUGCUGCGCCUUUGCCGAAGAAAGUGGGUAUUCCAAGUCUGGACGACUUCUAUGCGGAGAGUGACGAGGAGCAGGACGAAGAGGAAGACGAAGAAAGCGAAGAAGAGACUUCGUCAGGCGAGGAAGAAGGUUCUGAGGAGGAAGAAGAGUCUGCAGAAGAGUACGCCAGCGAUGAGGAAACGGAUGAAGAGAGCGAGAGCGGUGCUGAGAAGGAGCUGCUACCAAAUGAGAAACACGAGCAUUGA